AGCUGUUUCCUCACAAAAGAAGUUUAUUCAGCACACUGAAGCGUCUCCUCCAGAGACAUCCUUUAAAAAACGGCCUAUUGUCUAUGGGACCACCACGUUGUGCAUUGUGCUGCUAACUUUAUAUGCUAAAAUUGGUAGAAGGGCUCUGGCUCAACUACGACGCGCAUGCGGUACUUUGCAGAGCGAGAUGUUGUCAUGACAACGACAACACUGUAUCCAACAACAGCUGUUUUCUGACACAAGAGUCGUAAGAGAUGUUCACUCCAUGACCGUACAUGUGACACAGGCUGCUCUGCAUUUCAGGAAUGAUGAGAGCCCAGGCCUGUCCAGUACAGGUGUAUAUUCGCAUUCGACCUACAGCCAGUUUUGCCCAUGAGAUCAUUGAAUGCCUACCUGACCAGCAGACUUUGAAUGUGCGGUCAAGGAAAGAAUCCAAGAAAGGAUCGGGCAAUAAUCAGCCGAGCUCCUGGUCAUUUAAACUUAAUGGGGUGCUGCACAAUGUGUCACAAGAGGAAAUCUAUGAGCGUGUUGCCCACAGUGUAGUGCAAGGAGCCUUUGGAGGAUACAAUGGUACAAUCAUGUGUUUUGGGCAAACCGGAGCAGGGAAAACAUACACUAUGACAGGUGCUGCAGAGACUUAUAAACAGAGAGGCAUCAUUCCUCGUGCCCUACACGAGGUUUUCCAUGAGGUGAAGCAUCGUGUAGACCAUUCCUUCUCUGUCCACCUCUCCUUUCUUGAAAUCUAUAAUGAAACUAUGAUAGACUUGCUGUCAACUUUAAAGCGGGGAAAGGGUGCAAAAAGUGUGGCAUUAGCAGUGGUAGAAGAACCAGGGGGUGAAGUGUCAGUUAAAGGGCUGUCUUUACAUCUGGUGCACAACGAAGAGGAGGCUCUUAAUCUGCUUUUUGAGGGAGAGAUGAACAGAAUUAUUGGAGAACAUUCCCUUAAUAAACAGUCCUCCAGGUCUCAUUGCAUAUUUACCAUCCAUAUUGAGUCUAGGUCGCGCACACUAUCAAAUGCAAAAUACUUCACCUCUAAACUGAACCUGGUAGACUUGGCAGGAUCUGAAAGACUAAGCAAAACUGGGUCAGAGGGUCAAGUCCAAAGGGAGGCCAUGUACAUCAACAAGUCCCUGACUUUUCUGGAGCAGGCCAUCUUGGCUCUGGCUGACAGUCGCAGGGAACAUGUUCCCUUCAGACAGAGCAAACUCACCCAUGCUCUUAAAGACUCACUUGGAGGAAACUGUAACACGGUGCUUGUGGCCAACAUAUAUGGCGAAGCAGCGCAAAUUGAGGAGACGCUUUCUACUCUUCGCUUUGCCAUCAGAAUGAAAUGUGUAAAAACAAAGCCAUCAAUAAAUGAACAUGUCGAUCCUGUGCUACAGGUGCAAAUGCUGCAGAAAGAAAUCCAGUUUCUAAAGGAGUUAUCUAUGUAUAACACACUGACUAAUCAAGUUGGAGCUUCAAAGGGUAUAUUCUCAGAGAUGCAUGUGGUGGAAGUGAAGAGUCAAGUGCAGAGAUACCUGUCUGGUUCACUGGAUGAGAUUCCGAUUGUGAGCAUUACACAAAUCCAAGAAGUAUUUUCCCAGUUCAAAAAAGUAGUACUGGAGCAGGAAGAGAAAUUGAGAGAGCAGCUCCAGCCAAAAACUACUUUGGUAGAGAAAGCCAUGAAUACAACACAAUCCUCUGUUGCAGAGGGCUCUGUAAAUGCUGUAGGUGAGGUGGAGAGUUCUGGAUAUGGGCUUGGUGUAGCAGACACUUCACAGAGGCACCUACGAGAUGCGUCACCUAAACAAAGUAAAGCAAGAAAAGACAAACAAAGCAGAAAGGAAGGAGCUGUGAACCAGGGGCCAAUGGAAAGCACUACUCCACAAGCCGAACAACCCCUAAACCUGAGUGAAUCAGAUGUUACCACACAUGAAACCCAACAACAUUCUUCUGAUGAAAAACUUAGAACUGAGUCUCCUCCAUCCAAGGCUGAAGCAUUUGAGGAUUUCAAGGCAGAACGGGGAAGUGAGAUUAACCGGAUCCUAAAGGAGAACAAGGCUGUGCUUUUGGAGCGCAUGUCCCAGUUGCGCACACUCACAGAUGCCAUUAAUGUGACUAAACAGAAUAUUGACUGCAUUGCUUCUGAACUGCAUCAAUUCAAGGAACGACGACAAAGCCAGGGGCAGUUUGUGAAUGCAGAGGGGGAGCCUGUGUUGGAGGAGGCAGAGCUGUCUCUAGUGAUGCAGCUGCAAAAGUUGAAGAACCGAUAUAGACAGGCCUACGAAGACCUCAGUAGCACAAAGGCAGAAGUCAGCUACUGUCAGUACCUGGUGGAUCAGUGCCGUACACGGCUGCUAACAGAGUUUGAGAGCUGGUACAAUGAAUCAUUUUUGUUGCCGGAAGAAGUAUUGUCAGUCUUAGAAGCAGGACCAGUUAGGCCAGGUCAUGUGCCUUUGGACAAAGCAUUAACCCUGGAAGAGGAUGAACAUGAGCAUUAUGAGCUUGUCCGUCACAAGCUGCAUGCAGACAGUUCUAGUGCCGUGUCAUUUUACAAUGCAUAUAACAGGACUCUGCAGAGGGUAAGACACAUUUACAAAUACCGAUGUUGUAUUUCAUUAUUUGAUAUACAAGUAAAGUUGAAGGGAUGUAGUGGUAUAAUGAAAGUGUUUUUCAUUUACAGAGAGGAAGCAGACAGGUGUCUCAGAGUCUAGGCUCUAGGAGAGACAGCAAGAGUAAGAUCAAAUUCCCCUCCGUUCUCUCAAUGAU